AUGGCUCCAAUAGAAAGUCCGCGCUGUUCCGAUAUUUGGCCUAAAGGCGGCAAAAACUCACCUCAGCCGCCUUACGUUCGAAAACCCGGUUUUGACCCUUGCAAAAUCCUUGACCCUAAACGAAAAACCUUGCCAUCGCUCCACGCGGAGCGCAUUAUGACCGUUUUCCAAGAAGCAGUGAAGCGGAUGGAGAUAACAACGGCAUUGCCAUAUGUCCUGGAUUCCUUGCCUCGUUUUUCUGUUGUUUUGGGACAAGAGCUGCUGAAUCACAUGGAAAAGCACUUGCGAUUGCAAAAUGCAUUCAAGGAAAUCAUCUGUGAGCAGAACAGGCUUUUAGAAAAUGAAACACAGUCUGAUGUUUUCAGACGCACUGAGGAGAGUCAGUCAUGUGAUACGAAUGAAUCGGGAUUUCAAGUCUGCGCGGGAAACAAAAUUGGUUUUCCUGAAGAGAUGCAAAAAAGGAAAUCUCUUGACAAACAGGGAGAGAUACUGGCACAAUCAAUAAGAGACUCUUUGAGGGAGAUGCUGCGUUAUUUUAAGAAAAAUCCGAAAUCGGUCGAAGCCAUCCUAGGUGAG